AUGUCUACUUCCAUCGAGGGCAAAGUCUGUGUCGUGACGGGUGGAGCCGGGGGUAUUGGUUCGGCCAUCACAAAGGCCUACCUCGACGCCGGUGCAGAAGGCGUCACCAUCGUCGACCUCGCCCCUGCCAACCUGGCUUCCGCGGUCGCUCGCCUGCCUGUCGAGCACCAGGGCAAGGUCCUCACCGUCGCUGGCGACGUCACUCAACAGGCUACUCACGACGAGUAUGUUCGCCAGACAGUCGAGCGUUGGGGUCGCCUCGACAUCAGUGCCCAGGUUGCUGGUACUUGCGCCUCGCCUUGUGGUAUCCUCGAGACCAAGAUUGAGGACUGGGACCACGCGUUUGCUGUGAAUGCCAAGGGAGUCUUCCUCGGCCUCCAGUCUUCCGUCCGUGCGAUGAUUGCGUCGCCCUCGGGCGGUCAAGGCUGCGCUGUGGUCCUCAUCUCGUCCCAGUUCGGGCUCGAGGGAAUGGGUGGCUUCUCCGCAUACACGUCCAGCAAGUUUGCCGUUCGAGGCCUCAUGCAGGUUGCUGCGCAAGAGUUUGCGCCCAAGGGCAUCAGAGUGAAUGCUAUUUGUCCAGGACCCAUCGAUACCCAGAUGCUCCGUGUCAACACCCCGGAGCAAAUCGAGCAGAUUGUCGCUGGCGUCCCUCUCGGUCGAUACGGGCAGCCCGAGGAGAUUGCGUCCGCUGCGCUGUUCCUCAGUUCCAAGGCUGGUGGUUUCUGCUCUGGUACGGCCAUGAAGGUCGAUGGGGGUAUGGCCAAGUUUGCAUAA